ACUCUCUUCCCAUCUUCCAGGUGGGUGCAGGUGCCAUUGGCUGUGAGUUGCUCAAGAACUUUGCCAUGAUUGGACUAGGCUGUGGGGAGGGUGGGAAUAUUACAGUGACAGACAUGGAUACCAUUGAAAAGUCCAAUCUGAACCGACAGUUUCUCUGGCCCUGGGAUGUCACAAAGUUAAAGUCUGAUGUAGCUGCGGCAUCUGUGCGUCAGAUAAAUCCAUACGUCAGAGUAAUAAGCCACCAGAAUCGUGUAGGCCCUGACACUGAGUGUAUCUACAACGACGACUUCUAUGAAAACCUGGAUGGUGUAGCCAAUGCCCUGGACAAUGUAGAUGCCCGCCUGUACAUGGACCGCCGCUGCGUGUACUACCGUAAACCAUUGUUGGAGUCAGGGACACUGGGCACCAAGGGCAGUGUGCAAGUGGUUAUUCCCUUCCUGACGGAAUCUUACAGCUCUAGCCAGGACCCACCUGAGAAGUCCAUCCCCAUCUGCACACUGAAGAACUUCCCCAAUGCCAUUGAACACACUCUGCAGUGGGCCCGGGAUGAAUUUGAAGGCCUCUUCAAGCACCCUGCAGAAAAUGUCAACCAGUAUCUCACAGACCCAAAGUUUGUGGAACGGACUUUGCAGCUGGGAGGCACCCAACCAGUGGAGGUGCUGGAGGCCUUACAGCGUAGCCUGGUACUGCAGCGACCACAUACAUGGGCUGACUGUGUGACUUGGGCUUGCUACCACUGGCACACCCAGUAUUCUAACAACAUCCGGCAGCUACUCCACAACUUCCCUCCCAACCAGCUGACAAGCUCAGGAGCCCCAUUCUGGUCUGGACCCAAACGCUGUCCACAUCCACUUACAUUUGAUGUCAACAAUACCCUACAUCUGGACUAUGUGAUGGCUGCUGCUAACCUGUUUGCCCAGAUGUAUGGGCUGAUGGGCUCUCAAGACCGACCUGCUGUGGCCACACUCCUGCAGUCUCUACAGGUACCUGAAUUCAUCCCCAAGUCUGGUGUCAGGAUUCAUGUUUCUGACCAGGAGCUGCAGAGUGCCAGUGUCUCUCUUGAUGACAGCCAUCUAGAGGAGCUCAAGGCCGUGCUUCCCAGUCCAGACAAACUCUGCGGAUUCAAGAUGUAUCCCAUCAAUUUUGAGAAGGAUGAUGAUAGCAACUUUCAUAUGGAUUUCAUUGUUGCUGCAUCCAACCUCAGAGCAGAGAACUAUGAUAUCCCUGCAGACCGUCAUAAGAGCAAGCUUAUUGCAGGAAAGAUCAUCCCAGCCAUUGCGACAACCACAUCAGCUGUAGUUGGCCUUGUGUGUCUGGAGCUGUACAAGGUAGUGCAGGGACACCAACAGCUUGCGUCCUAUAAGAACAGCUUCAUGAACUUGGCUCUGCCAUUCUUCAGCUUCUCUGAGCCCGUUGCCCCACCACAUCACCAGUAUUAUAACCAAGAAUGGACUUUGUGGGAUCGCUUUGAUGUACAUGGAUUACAGCCUAAUGGUGAGGAGAUGACCCUCAGGCAGUUCCUAGAAUACUUCAAGACAGAGCACAAACUGGAAAUAACCAUGCUGUCCCAGGGUGUGUCCAUGCUCUACUCAUUCUUUAUGCCUGCCUCCAAGCUGAAGGAACGGCUAGAUCAGCCAAUGACAGAAAUUGUGAGCUGUGUGUCGAAGAGAAAACUGGGCCACCAUGUGCGGGCUCUGGUGCUUGAACUGUGUUGCAACAGUGAGAGUGGCGAGGACGUUGAGGUCCCUUAUGUACGCUACAUCAUUCCUUGAGCUUUGAUCAAAGAACCUUUUUUUUCUUUGCUGCUUUCUACUGUUUGAAAUUGGCAUUCAUAAUAAAAAAGUGAUCCAGA